CCGCCGCAGCCCGCCCCGGCACAGGCUUCCUUCCCUCUGAAAAUAUUCUAGAUUAAUUGGUUUGUUUACGUGCAGUCUUCAACAUCUUACCAUCUGCAGAGAUCACAAUGCAGACAUCAGAGACUGGGGCGGAUACAGGUUCGACUGUGACUUUACAGACAUCUGUGGCUGGCCAGGCAGCAGUGCCCACACAGGUAGUACAGCAAGUACCGGUUCAGCAACAGGUGCAGCAAGUACAGACUGUGCAACAGGUACAGCAUGUCUACCCAGCCCAGGUUCAGUAUGUGGAGGGAAGUGACACAGUCUACACUAAUGGAGCUAUCCGAUCAACAACUUAUCCUUACACAGAAACCCAGAUGUACAGUCAAAACACUGGGGGAAAUUAUUUUGAUACUCAAGGAAGUUCUGCACAGGUGACAACAGUGGUCUCGUCCCAUAGCAUGGUGGGCACUGGAGGGAUUCAGAUGGGCGUAACAGGAGGACAACUCAUUAGCAGCUCAGGAGGGACCUAUCUGAUUGGCAAUUCAAUGGAAAAUUCUGGUCAUACAGUGACUCACACAACGCGGGCCUCCCCAGCGACAAUUGAAAUGGCGAUUGAGACACUGCAAAAGUCUGAUGGUCUGUCCACUCACAGAAGCUCUCUUCUCAACAGCCAUCUUCAAUGGCUUUUAGACAACUAUGAAACUGCAGAAGGAGUGAGCCUUCCAAGAAGUACCCUUUACAACCAUUACUUACGACACUGUCAGGAGCACAAGUUGGAUCCAGUCAAUGCUGCCUCCUUUGGAAAACUCAUACGGUCAAUCUUCAUGGGACUACGGACCAGAAGACUUGGAACUAGGGGGAACUCCAAAUAUCAUUACUAUGGGAUUCGUGUCAAGCCAGACUCUCCUCUUAAUAGACUACAAGAGGACAUGCAAUAUAUGGCCAUGAGACAACAGCCCAUGCAGCAGAAACAGAGGUAUAAGCCUAUGCAGAAAGUGGAUGGAGUUGCAGAUGGCUUCACAGGAAGUAGUCAACAGACAGGCACAUCUGUUGAACAAACUGUAAUUGCCCAAAGUCAACAUCAUCAGCAGUUUCUAGAUGCAUCUCGAGUACUGCCAGAGUUUGGAGAAGUUGAAAUAUCUUCUCUGCCAGAUGGUACUACAUUUGAGGACAUCAAAUCUCUACAGAGCCUUUAUCGAGAGCACUGUGAGGCAAUACUGGAUGUGGUUGUUAAUCUUCAAUUCAGCCUGAUAGAAAAAUUGUGGCAAACUUUCUGGCGCUAUUCUCCUUCUGCUCCACCUGAUGGCACUCCUGUUAAUGAACCAAGCAAUCUGAGUGAAAUAGAAAGUCGACUUCCUAAAGCAAAGCUGAUUACUCUGUGCAAGAAUGAGUCUAUUCUGAAAUGGAUGUGUAACUGUGACCAUGUGAUGUACCAGGCUUUGGUGGAGAUUCUCAUUCCUGAUGUCCUUAGACCUAUUCCUAGUGCCUUGACCCAAGCCAUUCGCAAUUUUGCAAAAAGCCUUGAAGGUUGGCUUUCAAAUGCCAUGAACAAUAUUCCACAGAGGAUGAUACAAACCAAGGUUGCCGCUGUAAGUGCCUUUGCCCAGACUCUGCGAAGAUACACAUCUCUUAAUCACCUGGCUCAAGCAGCUCGUGCUGUGCUUCAAAAUACUUCUCAAAUCAACCAGAUGCUCAAUGAUCUCAACCGUGUUGAUUUUGCCAAUGUUCAGGAGCAGGCUUCCUGGGUGUGCCAGUGUGAUGACAACAUGGUUCAGAGACUUGAAACAGAUUUCAAGAUGACUCUUCAACAGCAGAGCACUCUGGAGCAGUGGGCUGCCUGGCUUGAUAAUGUAAUGAUGCAAGCACUGAAACCGUAUGAAGGAAGACCCAGCUUUCCUAAAGCAGCACGGCAAUUUCUGUUAAAAUGGUCUUUCUACAGCUCAAUGGUGAUUCGGGAUUUAACCUUGCGCAGUGCUGCUAGCUUUGGCUCUUUUCAUCUGAUCCGCUUGCUUUACGAUGAAUACAUGUUUUACUUAGUAGAACAUCGUGUUGCUCAGGCAACAGGAGAAACACCUAUUGCAGUUAUGGGAGAGUUUGGUGAUUUAAAUGCUGUGUCCCCUGGAAAUAUGGAUAAAGAUGAGGGCAGUGAAGUUGAAAGUGAAAUAGAUGAAGAGCUGGAUGAAAGUGGAGAGCCACAAGCUAAGAGGGAGAAAACUGAGCUGAACCAGGCAUUCCAGGUGGGCUGCAUGCAGCCAGUGCUUGAGAGUGGAGUACAACAGAACCUCCUGAACCCAAUUCAUAAUGAGCACAUUGUUGCAACUACUCAGACUAUCAGACAAUGCAGUGCUACUGGAAAUACAUAUACUGCAGUCUAGUGUGAAACUUCCUCUGGCCUCCAACACAUGCCCCAUUGCAUUUUAGCUGUUUAGGUUUACUAUAAAAAAGAAAAAAAAAAGAUUAUAAGUCUGAAGGUUGACUGUUGUCACAUGUAACUGUUCUGAUCAUUAUUUUGUUGGAGUUGUUAAAUGG